AUGACUGAAGCAGUUUAUAAUGCCCUCUUAAAUGUACAAGGCUAUACAAUUCAUUCAGAUUUCUCAGUUUUGUUUUUCAAAAUCUCCUCCUCGACAAACUUGAAUGCACAACGAGCGUCUUUAAUCAUCAUAUCAGCGAUUCCUGAGCUUUGUACCGCUUUCGGCGUCAGCUUGUCCUUCAAAUCCACUGAUACCAGAUAUUCUAUUACACAUUUUGAUGCAUCAUUUGCUUGUGGACUGAAUUUGCCGGCAACCACAUUAGCCCAUCCACUGUAA